GGAUCAGUUUAACGCCUGACUUAUGUGUGUCAACCCAGUCUUGUCAACGAAACACCUGCAUUGCUAAUAAACGCAAGUGACGAUGCGAUGGUGGUAGUAACACCUGACGCGCUCGCUGACAAUCGAACGUCGCAUUAGUGAAUCUCACUUGUACUGAGGGGCAAAGAAACGCUAAAGUGUAUCGCCGAGUUCAGCGUGGAAGAAAGUAUAUACGCAAAAAGUUGCACUGAUAACGCAAUCCACGUCGUUUUUACGACUCCAAUAUCACAUCAUCACCGUGCGUUGUGCGUUUCAAAGAGGCUCGAGAGAGCCCGGUUUAUUUAUCGAGCAUUUACUUGUCGUCGACAUGGCCGCACCGGUCUCGGACGUCGGCAGCAUCAAGGCGAGGGCGUUACGGAUGUUCGGCGAAAAAUUCGGCGAGCAGGCCGAUGUGUGCGUCUACGCACCGGGACGCGUCAACCUCAUCGGCGAGCACACUGAUUACAACGAGGGUUUCGUGCUGCCGAUGGCAUUACCAAUGGUCACUGUGAUAGCUGGAAAGUCUCACAGUGGCCGAAAGAUCACAAUCAUUUCCUCGAGCGAUGCGAUCGGCGGUACAAACGAGUUCGAGUUCGAGGCGGGAAGUCGAGCCGACAUAAAACCAGGCGAACCAAAGUGGGCAAACUAUAUAAAAGGAUGCAUCGCCAAUUUUAUUUGUGACGUUCCUGCGUUCAAUGCCGUGAUCGUGUCGACCGUACCGGCAGGUGCCGGUCUUAGCAGUUCGGCCGCCCUGGAAGUAGCGACUUACACCUUCCUCGAGGCGUUGAGUGGGAAAAAACCAGAGAAACCGGAACAAAAAGCUUUAGCGUGUCAAAAAGCGGAGCACGAUUUCGCUGGGGUGCCCUGCGGCAUAAUGGAUCAGUUUAUCUCAGUCAUGGGUAAAGAGGGCUGCGCCCUGCUGCUGGACUGUCGAGAUCUUACCACAAAACAGAUAUCCAUGUUGCACAUAGAUGACUACGUGUUCCUAAUAACGAAUUCAAACGCGCCGCAUAAGCUGAGCUCGAGCGCCUAUUGCGAGCGCAGAGACUGUUGCUACGAGGCCGCGAAAAUGCUGGGCAAGAAGAGCCUGAGAGACGCGAAUGUGAACGAUAUUCAAACACUGAUAUCGCGAAACGUACCUGAUCGUACAGUGAGGAGAGCCCGUCACGUAGUCACGGAGAUUCAACGUACUCGGGACGCUGCGGUAGCGCUUGAAGAGGGCGAUUUCCAGCGAUUUGGCCGAUUGAUGAACGAAAGUCACGACUCACUGCGUGACGAUUAUGAAGUCUCGUCCAAGGAGCUCGAUUCCCUGGUCUCGGCGGCCAGAGAGGUCGACGGCACGUUAGGAAGUCGUCUGACGGGCGCCGGCUUCGGCGGCUGCACCGUCACCUUGCUGAGGAAGAACGCGGUCGACAAGGCGAUCCAGCAUAUGCGGGCGAAGUACUCCGGUACACCCACCUUCUACAUAGCGACACCGAGCGACGGUGCAAGGGAAAUCGGCGUGAACUAAGCAUUAGCGUUAAUGCCCGAGAGAUACAGACGGUUUACAAUAUUGUAUUUGAGGGAUAAACAUAAAUAUAUAGGAGAAUAUUGCUUUUGCU